CAGAUCCACACAGGUCUCCAGCACUCUAUCAUCCGUCCCCGACAGCCCAACUGCUUGCCUCUGAACCAGGUCACUCUCCCACAGAAGCUUCAGGAAGCCGGCUAUGCUACCCACAUGGUUGGCAAAUGGCACUUAGGCUUUUAUCGUAAAGAAUGCCUGCCAACCCGCAGGGGCUUUGAUACCUUCCUGGGCUCACUGACAGGAAACGUGGAUUACUAUACAUAUGACAACUGUGAUGGGCCAGGAGUAUGUGGGUAUGACCUUCAUGAUGGGGAAAAUGUAGCCUGGGAACAAAGCGGCAAGUAUUCCACCUUCCUGUAUGCCCAGCGAGUCAGAAAAAUUCUGGCCACCCACAACCCCAAGGAGCCUCUCUUUAUCUACAUAGCAUUCCAGGCGGUGCACACCCCUUUGCAGUCCCCAAAGGAAUACAUCUACCGCUAUCGCUCCAUGGGCAACGUGGCCCGACGCAAAUAUGCUGCCAUGGUCACGUGCAUGGAUGAAGCUGUGAAGAACAUCACCUGGGCCCUAAAGAAAUACGGAUACUAUGACAACAGUAUUAUUGUUUUCUCUACAGACAAUGGGGGGCAGACGUUCUCUGGGGGAAGCAACUGGCCUUUGCGAGGCCGCAAAGGGACAUACUGGGAAGGAGGAGUGCGUGGCAUCGGGUUUGUCCACAGUCCACUGAUUAAACGCAAGCGAAGAACCAGCAGGGCACUCAUCCACAUAACUGACUGGUACCCAACUCUAGUGACUUUGGCUGGGGGCAACGUGUCUGAAGCAGAUGGCUUGGAUGGCUACAAUGUGUGGCCAGCUAUCAGCGAGGGCAAAGAGUCACCACGGACUGAAAUCCUGCACAACAUUGAUCCUCUUUAUAAUCAUGCCAAAUAUGGCUCUUUAGAGAACGGCUUUGGCAUCUGGAACACAGCAGUACAGGCCUCUUUACGGGUAGGAGACUGGAAACUUCUUACUGGAGAUCCUGGCUACAGUGACUGGAUCCCACCACAGACUCUCACCAACUUCCCAGGGAGUUGGUGGAACUUAGAGCGCCUGACGGAUGGGAUGCGGCAGUCCGUCUGGCUCUUCAACAUCACGGCUGAUCCGUAUGAGCGCUAUGACCUGUCAGAUCAGCGUCCUGAUGUGGUCAGAGCUCUGCUUAUUAGGCUGGUCAAUUACAAUGAGACUGCCAUCCCAGUCAGAUAUCCUGCGGAAAACCCACGAGCUCACCCCGACUUCAAUGGUGGCGCCUGGGGGCCUUGGGCCACAGAAGAGGAAGAAGGGUGGGAAGGAGUGCAUGGAAAGCUGAAAAACAAAAAGCGGAAAAAGAAAUGCAAGAUCUGCAAGCUACGCUCCUUCUUCCGAAAGCUGAACACCAGACUGAUGUCAAACCGCAUCUGAGAUGGAGUAGGCUAGGUUCUUGCCCAAAGGCAGUUCUUGGAAGAGGGUUGUUCCAAAAGAUGGGAAUAAGAAGGAAGGAUCAGUAGAGCAUUCUCCUUUCUGCUCAGGGUGGAGUGAAGUGAGGAGGACUAUCACUCUCACACACACACACACACACACACACACACACACACACAUUUUUAGGUAGGGAUAACCAAGUCUGCCUAGCCAUCCUACUUCAUCUCUCCCCUAAUUUCAGCACCAACGUUGGUGCUGAUUCUUCAGUAUGGGCAGACUUUGCAACCUCUAUUUGACAUAGUCCCUUCCUUUCAAAUGUUACGACACGAGAUGGUACUUAAUGCACAAAUGUUCAUUCUAAAAUGCUGCAGCAAAGAUACCUAAAUUAUGCCAUUUAGGAACUAGUGGGAAGGAUAUAAGUUCUCAUUCUUUAACCAAAGAUGGAAUCAGUUGUUCUCUACCCAUGAAAGGUAUCUAUUAAGGAAGAAUUUGCUCUGUAUUUGCUACCAACUCAUGGAAUGCUGACCAUAAAUAAUCUUAUAUAAUGUUUUUGCUCUGAGAAAGCAACUGUGGAUUCUUCUCUCCCUGGAGAUUGUACUGUAAUUGCCUCCUUUAGUGUCUGUGGGUGGGGAUACAGAAGACCUGGGACAAUUAUUUUUAUCAGAAUUAAAAUGCAGAUCUGGUGUGGUGCAAUUUUCCCCCUUAAAUAUGUAUGAAGCCAAACAUCUUGUAAAUGUGGGCAGAGACAUCAGUAAAGGCUGUGUGAGUGUUGCUUGAGCUAAGAGUAUAGUCUUAUGUAUGCAGAAAGAGCUGAUAACAGCUGAAUUUGUACAUUGAUUGACAGAUCUGUUUACCUCCACUGAGCAACUGCUCUUGUGUAGUUCUUUUACUAUGCAGAUUUUCUUUUUUGCAGUUUUGAGUGUACUGCAGAUGAUCUCUUGUUCAUCUACAUAUCUAUUCAAGACACAGAAGAAUAAUUGCAAGUUGCUUCCAUACGUCAAUUUGUAUGUAGAACUAACUAUGCAAAUAAUGCAUUCUUAUGAUUAGGUCACAAAUAGUUAAACAAAGCCCUACUGUUUGGGGAGCAGAUGCUUGAAUUUCUUCACAAUGAUAGAAUUAAUUGCUACAAAUGUGAAGAUUACUAGCUGAGUUUAUUUUUUUAAGAAAAAGAAAACAGUUCAUUUAUCUAUUAAUGUGAGUUAAUCAUGGUGACUGACUGAUUGAUUGAUUGGCUAUGUGGUAUC